GAUAAUGUCGUGGUCAACCUUUAUAAGUAAAUUGACGCAUCUUUUCCAUCAAAUGUGUAACGACGUUGUAAAUUACUUUCUCCUUUCACAUAUUUAACAAAACGAGUUUAUAUUUCAAAUAUUGAAGCAUAUAACUACAAAAUAUUAAGUUAACCAUGUUGGAAGGAACUAAGAUUAAUACGCCAUCACAGAUGGCUAGCGUUUUCGAUAUAGCAAAGGAUACGGUGCUAUUCCUUUUAUUAUCCUGUUACUACAUCUUGGAAUCUAUAUUUUGGACGUUAGUUCCUAAUAUCAUCAGACCGAUGAAGAGUUUGAGAGGAGAUGUUGUGUUAGUUACUGGAGGAGGCGGCGGUGUUGGCAGACAGUUGGCAAUUAAAUUAGCCAAACUUGGAGCCAAGGUUGUUGUCUGGGACAUUAGUAAAGAAGGACUACAAAAAACGUGCACAGCGGUUAUUGAAGAGGGGUACGAGAUUUUCAGCUACGUAGUAGAUUUGGCUGAUCGUAAAGCGGUCUAUGAAACUGCUGAGAAAGUUAAGAGAGAGGUUGGGAAAGUAGAUGUUUUGAUAAACAACGCCGGUACCGUGUUUGGAGAAACUCUGCUAGAUUUGAACGACACGGCCAUUGAAACAACUUACAAAGUUAAUAUACUCUCUCACUAUUGGACCGUGAAAGCAUUCUUGCCUGACAUGAUCGAGUCAGGCAAGGGGCACAUUGUAACUGUGGGAUCGGUAGCUGGUCUGCUUGGGACCUAUCGUUGCACUGACUAUAGUGCCACCAAGUUCGCCACCGUGGGAUUCCACGAAAGUCUUUUUACAGAACUGAGGGCUCAUGGGCACAACACAAUCCAUGCGACACUCGUCUGUCCGUACUACAUAAAUACAGGCAUGUUUGACGGAGUCACCCCUCGUCUGAUGCCCAUGUUGGAGCCUGACUACGUCGCCGAAACAAUGAUAGACUCCAUAAGGAAGAAUGAGGUGAACUGUAUCACGCCUGGAUCGGUCAGAUAUUUGCUGCCGCUCAAGUGCUUGCUCCCAGCUAAAAUGUGCUGGGAUCUGAUGCACAGAGUAAUGAAAGGACCUCAAUCUAUGAUGGAAUUCAAAGGAAAGCCUAAAGUAGCGCCUGGCCUAACGUAAAACAGCAAACACACCUAUGCCGAAAAUGCGUAGUGGAGCAAUUUAAUUGUAAAUAAAUUUAAGUUCGCUUCAAGAAAUAGAGCAUAAAGGUUUGGCUAAAUGAGACUGACGUGAAGUGCGUUAUGGCAUAUUUGUAAAAAUUACCAUUUCAUGUUUAUUUAAUGUAUUUUAUAUUUAAGGACGCUCAAUAAAAAAUAAAAGUAUUGUA